ACACACACACACACACACACACACACACACACACACACAGAGAGAGAGAGAGAGAGAGAGAGAGAGAGAGAGAGAGAGAGAGAGAGAGAGAGGCUCUGAAGUCAGAUUGUGUCUGGGACUAAUUCCUCUGUGUCUGUAGAGAUUGUGUUUGAGCAUCUCUGCUUGUGGGGCUUGAAAAUAGAAUUUCUAGGAAAAGGGAAAAAUAUAGACUGCUCUGCUUCUGGCAACAAGUCUGAGUCCAGUGCUGCCCCUGCACUUCUCACCUACUCUGAGUGACCCCCUAUAAUGAGUGACAGGAAGAGCUGGAGCAGAAGGUUGCUUGUGGACCUACCAUAUAUUUUGUUUUGGGGAAAAGAUAAACCAGAACCAUUCAUUUCUUUUUGCUCCUAUAAGGAGAAGUUGGAGCCUGGGAUUACGAAAAUCCUGUAGUCAAGGAGAUAUUUCCCCUAGAGGUUGCACUGGUCUUUUACUAGGGAGAACAAAUAUUGAACCCACCUUGACUGCUUAAAAAAAAUGUAGGGAGGAGACCUGAGGGAAGGGUGGCUGUUGGGAGAGGGGAGGGAAAAUAAUUCUUCAAAAAAGAAAGUCAGGCUUCUCUCCUCCAGCCUGUGGAAAAUCCACCGAGGACGUUGACAGGGUGUAUUUUUAGGAAACCCAUCCAAAUAUACAAGGAAACGCGAGCGGCUCCAGUUCAAAGCCACAUGCACCAACGUGACAUAUAAGCCAUUAAAAUAUCAUCCUGACGGCUCAUUUCUGCUUCAUCAUACAUUCCCUAACUGCUUCCCCGAAAGCUGGAGAAGGAGAAAUGAAGGAUGACCGCCUCGGUGGAACCACAAAAGAGGCAUAGCGGGAUUUGUGGUCCCCCUCAUCCACCCCAAAGUGAUGUGCAGAAAUGAGGUGAUCCGGGCAACAGGUGGAGCAGGCAGGCUCAGACUCAGAAAAUGAAAUACAAGACUUCCUUGGUGAUGAGGAAACGAUUGCGGCUUUACAGAAACACCCUGAAAGAAUCGAGUAGCAGCUGUGGACACCAUGGGCCCCAGCUCGCCGCCGCUUCGAACCCCUCGGUAUUUCCGGGCCUUCAUGAGCAGCCUCCGCAGGCCUCCCACAGCCGUACUUUGAACGGACUCCUGCGUCUGGGGCUCCCUGGAGACAUGUAUGCGAGGUCGGAACCCUUUGCACCGGGGUCUACGGACCGCAGCGACACUUUGGCAACAGCCACAGCCCUGCACGGCUAUGGCGGCAUGAACCUGACCGUGAACCUCGCCGCAUCCCAUGGCCCAGGAGCCUUUUUCCGCUAUAUGCGCCAGCCCAUCAAACAGGAGCUCAUUUGCAAGUGGCUAGGCGAUGAUGGCCCAGUGUCCCCGCGCCCCUGCUCCAAAACUUUCAGCACCAUGCAUGAGCUGGUCACGCACGUCACCGUGGAGCACGUCGGUGGCCCAGAGCAGGCUAACCACAUUUGCUUCUGGGAGGAGUGUCCGCGGCAGGGCAAGCCCUUCAAAGCCAAAUACAAACUUGUAAAUCACAUCCGCGUGCAUACGGGCGAGAAGCCCUUCCCUUGUCCUUUCCCAGGGUGUGGGAAAGUCUUUGCUAGAUCAGAAAAUCUCAAAAUACACAAACGAACACAUACAGGAGAGAAACCCUUCAGAUGUGAGUUCGAGGGCUGUGAGCGGCGUUUCGCCAACAGCAGCGACCGCAAGAAGCAUUCACACGUACACACAAGCGACAAGCCUUAUAUGUGCAAGGUGCGCGGGUGUGACAAGUGCUACACACACCCCAGCUCUCUGCGGAAGCACAUGAAAGUUCAUGGUCGCUCGCCGCCACCCAGCUCUGGCUACGACUCAGCAAUACCGUCUGCCCUCACGUCUCCCACGUUAGAAAGCAGCCGCGAGCCCCCGGUAGCCUGCACAGCAGUGGUGGCGGUGCGUGGCACAGACAUGAAUGAAUGAUGUUGCUUGCAAGGUAAUCUUGCCCUGCGCAGCUGAGCGCCCGCAUCUUGCGCCUGCGACAUCAAAGGGCUCUCUCACAAAGCAGUGUUUCUUCGCCACGGUGCAUCUUCAUGGUAAGUUAGGAUUUCUAUGGCAAUGGGCAAGUCUCACUGAAAUCCUGAAAGGCCGGGCCUGGAGCCCAUCCAGGCUUUUCAUUAAGGACAUAAUAUUUACGUCUAACAGGCCUUUUUUCUUGUGUAUACAAGUAUAUAUUUUUGUUUGACGCGGACUAAAUCAUUUUCAUUUAAUUUCCGGUAAACAAAACCCACGCGAAUGGGCACUUGUUCCCGAUCAUAAUAAAAAUGGAUAAUAAUGCGAGGGAAGAAAAGGGCCGCUUGAAUCGCCGCUCAGCCCUCUUUGUUUCUGCUUUCUGCGGUGAUCAGAGGGCGUAUUUGGGUUUGAUGGCGAGUUUCUAAAGGCGAGGAAAUGGUUUGUAAGGGGGAAAAGAAAAGGAGAAAGGUCCAAUCAAGCUCGGGUUGUUCAAAGAGUCGGGUUUUGGGGUUGAAAGUGUGAGUUUGACGGUGCAUCAGCACGCUGCGUUAGGCUCGCCAUGGAAAUGCGCGCGGGGAGCGGCCGCUUCAAAGGCGGCACACUUCACUGCGGACACUCUAUUAAGAUACAUUUGCGCUGACCUUUGCUUUCACGCCAUUUAAUACUGUCACUGUGCUCUCCAGUAUACACUUCCUCCCAGGACCUGUCUUGCCAGUGUUUAGGGGUUCAUCCUGCACCCUGAUGUAGGGGCCUUUGCUACCCGGGAUUCUUUCAAGAAAGGGAGGAGGAGCUGGACUCCGAGCAUCUUGACAACGCCCAUAGGCCCCCAGAGUCAGAGGAAAUGACUAGGGCAUCCUGAGAAGCUUUCCAAAGGAGCACCUCAGCUCAGUUGUCAGCUCAGUGCGGAAUGGGGAGUUAAGACGAAGGUGAACCUGGGAAAGUACAGGAGCUGUUAACUGCACUUCAGGGAAAGUUAGUUCUGCUGUGUUCCCCAGAGGUGUUCCACUGCUUCUUCACCCCAGAAGUCUUGCAGCCCCUUAAACUUUCCCUCUGAUGUGCCACUGUGCGGUAGCCUUAGGUUUCGACUGGCUUUGGGCACAAACUGAAGAGCCCAAGGCCAAGUGGAUGGGAAAGAUGGCAGCAAAGUUAGAAGUCCAUGUUCCCUUAAUUGUCUUGUUGUUUAUUUUAUCCAAGUACCCUAGUGAAUAGGGGAAAAAUAAACACGGUGGAAAAAAAUCAAACAGUAGAGUCUUCUUUAGUGCCCGUCCUUGUGGUUGAAUAAAAAGGAUGGUCUGCCUUCUAUUGAGCUGAGAAAUCUUUGAAGUGGGAGUUAUUAUCUGAGACAUUCCUGCUUGUCGUCCUAACAACGCUGAUGAAAUGUAAAAGGUUCUUUGUCAGCGAUUUGUUCUCCUCUCUGUCAAACUCACUUUGCCCCAUUGGUUUCAAACCAUUGCUAAAGAGAUAAAAUCAAAUUUUGUAAAAGAAAAAAAUCCCUAUACUCCACCAGUAGAUAACUUUAGGAAUACGUUUUUCCAAGAGAGACAGAGAGAGAAAACAACAACAACAACAACAACAAGCAAAAGUCCUGUGUAGUUUCAGGCCUGGUGAAGUAUGGAGAUGUUGGAAGGCCAAUUACACCAAAACUGGUAGAUUAGGUAAUGCAAGGAUGGCAGAGGCAGAGGAUAAGUGUCCCAAGUCUGUGCUUCUGUGUUUGUGUUUUCUGUCCUGGACUGCAUCCCAUCAGUCCAGGGUAACUAGCUGGAUGGAUUCUCUUGGAGAUCACUUGGGCUCCAAAAAAUUCUACCUGGAAUUCUUGGAACUUAAGCCUACAAACAUGUGAUGUCUAAGUUUUCCCCUUUUCAAAGAAACUUCUGCUAUAAAUAGAUCCGUGGUCGUGUUUCCUCACCAAUGCAGCAAUCAGCACACACUUUCUGUCAUUUGUCUAAAGGAUGGUAAUGUAAGCAAGAGAAACAUUUUCUUUAUUAUUAUUAUUAUUAUCUUGGAGUUCAGAAGGUUUGGUUUACAAGAUAGCGACCAAAAAGUGCAUGCAUAUGCCAACCCCCUCCCCUAUGUGCAGUUCUCCAUUUUAUAUUGUGCCUAGAAAAGAAACUUUCCCCCUGUUCAGGUCUUUUCAACCUCCUACUGUAGUUCUAAAGGUGAUUUAAAUAAACAAGGUCGUGCCCAUCAUCCUAGCCUUUGUGCUUACUAAAUGAUUUGUGAAGAACUUUCCCCAAGUUGUAACUCAUGUAAUCAGCUAUAGUUGCUGCAAAAUGUCUCUUAUAUUGAUGUUGUUUGUUUACUUGACUCUCCAUAUGUCUGUUUGUAUUGCUAAUUUAUGGGAGAAUAUAAUGAUUGCAAUGAAUGUGAAUUAUACAGUCAGGCAAAUCUUUUAUAAUCAUACCUAACAUACACAUGAGUCUGAGUCAACCCUUAGAUUAUUGGUACCUUGUUUAUCCACACUGUGAUUAAAAAAAAAACUCUCCACUUAACAGCAGCUAAGCUAUAAACUAACCUGAAAGGAAAAAGAUGUUGUGUGUAUUUGACAGUGAUUGUUAAAUAAAGACAAAAUUCAAAGCUGAGGUAUAGUCUUCUAGAAAACAUGUACAUGUAAAUUAAAUAAAAUAAGUUUUUCUCU